AUGGCAGCCAACGACUACUACAACAACGAUUCAUCACGACAUUAUAAUCCAUACGAACCGUCUCUAUCUUCUACUACCCCGCCCUCUUAUACCUCGCAUGCGCAUAAUCAAGAUCGUCCGGGCGCUUCCACCGUAUCUCCCUUCGAGACCGUCUUUGAUGACCAUGUCUACCCGACUAACUCUCAUUCCCAUCAGACCGAUCCCUUAAAUGACAACAGCCAACAAGCCUUCGCUUACGAUACGAGGUAUCAUGGCUCCGGUCCGGGUGAUGUUUCGCCCGUAGGUACCGACGAUAUCCCCAUGCGAAACCAGAGCAACAAAUCACCUGGUUAUGCCGCCGAUUCGACCGACCACGUCUACGACACCGCAGACCAAGAAGGUGGCCGUCGGGGUCUUCCCAAACCUGGCCGCAUUCGUUUCGGCGAAUUAGGCAUGUUUGGAUCGGAGAAGAGGAGGAUACCCAUCAUGGUUUAUCUGUUUUCCAUCAUUCAGAUUGCCGUGUUCAUCGCCGAACUUGUCAAGGCCGCUCAGCUCACGGGCAGCCCGAUUCAGAUCCAUCCUUCUGUUAAUCCCAUGAUAGGUCCUUCCCAGCAGAUCCUUAUUAAUAUGGGUUCGAGAUACGUCCCUUGUAUGAAGAAUGUCAACGGCGUGCAGAACUAUAGCCCGCCUGCCGGCGUCUUAGAAAAGGGUUUUGGAUGGCCUUGUCCCAACACUACCACGAAUGACCCUAACGAUGACUCCAACAAGUGCUCUCUCUCGGAGCUGUGUGGGUUUGACGGAGUUCCCAAUCCCGAGUGGGACCCCGUCAACGGCCUGCAGCAGAGCCCGGCACCUAACCAGUGGUUCCGAUUCAUAGUCCCCAUCUUUAUGCACUCGGGUCUAAUCCACAUCGGCUUUAACUUACUAUUGCAACUUACCAUGGGGAAGGAGAUCGAGCGAGCCAUUGGUUCCACCCGGUUUUUCCUCGUCUACAUGAGUGCUGGCAUCUUCGGUUUUGUUAUGGGAGGCAACUAUGCCGCUCCGGGAAUUUCGUCUACAGGAGCAUCGGGCUCUCUAUUCGGAAUUAUCGCCCUAACUUUACUCGACCUGCUAUAUUCGUGGGGUGAGAGACGUAGCCCCGGUAGAGAGCUGAUAUUCAUCAUCAUUGAGAUUCUUAUAUCCUUCGCUCUCGGUCUUCUCCCUGGUCUCGACAACUUUUCUCACAUCGGCGGGUUUAUUGUUGGCAUAUGCCUAGGAGUUAGCGUUCUCCAUUCUCCAAAUGCUCUGCGUCGUAAGAUCGGCGAGGACCACUUUGGAGGACCCUCUUACUCCACCGUAGGCGGUGGUGGUGUUACCAGCGUUGCCUUUCCUGCCUUUUAUAGGAACCCAGUAGGUUUCUUUAAGGGUCGGAAGCCCCUCUGGUGGGUGUGGUGGCUUGUUCGCGCCGGAUUUCUAAUCCUCAUUAUCGUCGUUUUCAUCGUGUUACUGGAGAAUUUCUAUUCCAACCAAAAUAACUGCAGUUGGUGCAAGUAUCUUAGUUGCCUGCCCGUUAAUAACUGGUGCGAUAUCGGGAAUAUCACCAUCACGACAUCACAGCCCCAAAGUUCGCGACGAGGCCUCGGUUUAGCUUUACUCAAACGGGUCGCCAAGUUUUACUCGUAA